CUGCGAACGCUCCCGGCCUCCUGACCCGCCGACUCUGGACUCCGAAACUCCGAACUCGGACCCCCAGCAUCUCGGACCCGUUCCGCGGAGCUCUCGCCGGGCAGACGCCGCGAUGCCCGGCCCUUGGUUGCUGCUGGCCAUGGCGUUGACCCUGACCGUGGCUGGUAUUCUGGGAGGUCGCGCACAGCCCGGUGUGGCCCAACAGGAAGCAGCGAUGGCCGCCGAGCACGCGGGUCUGGACCACCUACUGCGCCAGGCGGAGCGCCUCCUACUGCUCGGCGAAGACCUCCAGCGGCUGCGAGGAAACCAGGGCAAGCCAGAAUCAGAGGCUCAGAUCAUUCAACCAGACUGGCUCUCCAAGCGGCAGCAUCCAGGCAAAAGGGAGGGGGAGGCAGAAGAGGGAGUUGAAGAGGAGGAGGAAGAAGGUGGGGCUGUGAGCCCCCACAAACGGCAGCACCCUGGCCGGAGGGAGGAUGUGGUCGCAUGGUCCGAUGUCACCCAGCAGAAGCGGCAGCAUCCUGGCCGGCGCUCCUCCUGGCUGGGGUACACUUUCGCCAAGAGGCAGCACCCAGGCAGACGGCUGGUGGAUUCCAAGGCCCAGAGGAGCUGGGGGGCAGAGGAGGAGGAGGAGGGUGAGCCGAUGCCCGAGAAACGCCAGCAUCCGGGCAAGAGGGCCCUGGGAGGCCCGUGUGGGCCCGGGGGAGCCUGUGGUCAAGCCAGCCUGCUGCUGGGGCUCGUGGAUGACCUGAGCAGGAGUCAGGGGGCCGAGGAGAAGCGGCAGCAUCCUGGGCGGCGGGCAACCUGGGCCAGGGAGCCGCUGGAGGAGUGAACCCAGUUUCCUAUGAAGUUUAGAGUCUAAGAAUGUCUUAAGCCCUGUGGGCCCUAUCCCUUUGUGAUGUCCUCUUUCCCUCCUCCUUAGAUCCCUGACCAUACACCUGAGCCCUCCCCCCAUAUACAACACCCAAAUCCCUGGCCUUGUCCCCCCUCCCCCUUCAGGGACAUGAGAAAGCAAGCCUCUGAGUUAAAACCCCAUAUUACCCCACUUUCCACUGUUGGCAAGGGAGCAGAUCCCAGAGUCCCUCUCCCUACACCCCCUCAGGCUGCUCCCCUUCCUUAGCUCUGGCUAAAAUGACCGUUCUGUGUCCUCUGAGCAAUCCCCAGAGAGAAGCAGGGUGACUACGGAUCCAGCAGCCAGUGAGGUCAAGGUGGGAUUGAAGAUGUGAUGUCCAAAUCCAGUUUCUAUCCUCCCCUUCUUGGGCGUCCUUUUGUGGGUGGGCAGAGCCCCGCCCCAUGGCUGUGCUCUGCUUGGGCAAAGCUUUGCAGGGAGCGGCAUCCUGUGGUGUGCUUUGUGGUGGCUGUGGGAAUAAAUGUGUGCAGGCACAUGGAAAUAGCCCUGAAAACUGAACUUGUAUAUAACCUUCUAGAAUCUUCCCCGUGUCCAUGAUAAUCAUCCGAAUGAUAAUAAAACAUGCAUCUGCAUAAUCUUGGA